CUCACAUCGCGUUCUGCAUCUCUGACAGCAACUUGCUUCCCCUUGCUGAUCCAGUAGUACCAUGGAGGAGGAGGAGGAGGAAGCUUCGGCGGAGCUGAUCAGCCCCAGGAUCUCCUUCUCGCACGACCUCGCGGCCUUCGCGGCGUGUCCGACGACUACGCAGCCCGAGCCAAGGCGGUCGGACGCGUCCCUCAUGUCGCGGCGGAGGCGGCGGCGCGUGGCCGAGCCGGAGUUCGACUUCGCCAACGCGGCGGCGGCCGACGUCGCGCCGGCCGACCGCCUCUUCGCCGACGGCAAGCUGCUCCCCGUGCCGCCGCUGCCGCCCACCGCCCCGCACGCGCGCUGCGCCAAGGCGACGAGGCCGGCGCCGCGGUCGUGGGCGUCCCCGUUCGCGCGCAGCAGCAGCGUCAACUCCGCCAGGGCGGCGUCGGCGGCGUCAGGGAGGUUCACCUGCCCCGCGUUCCCGCUCAUGCGGAGCCGGUCCACCGGCUCUGCGGCGGCCACGGCCACGGUGGGCGCCCACCAGCGGCAGCAUUGCAAGAAAGUCGCUCCGACAACCGCAUCCGGUGGCGUUCACAACGGGAACAGCGGUGCUGGUGCGAGAUCGGUUUACUACUACGGAUACGGCGGCGGCAGGAACGGCAGCGACGGCCAUGGUGGCGGCGGGGUCCGGAUGAGCCCGGUGCUGAACGUGACGUCCAUCGGCACGAGCGUGGUGAACAUGCUGAGCCACCUGCUGUGCGACUGCGGCGAGAAGGCCGGCAAGCAGCAGAGCAGGGCCUUGGGAGUGCGCUGCUGGGUAACCAGGUAGUAGUACCAGGCAGUAGUACUACUACAAGUUAAGCGCACUCGUUAAAAUUACUGACUGGUUGUCCACUUGUCGUCAUGGUUGCUUGUAAGUAAGUAAGAUGGAAAGAUGAAUCAAACCAUGUGAAUUCGGGACCAAUUGAUCGAUUUCAGUGCGUCUAUGUGACGCGACGGA